AUGACCGUGGUGCGCAGAUUGCUAAUUCGUGCUGCGAACAACUACGAUAAAGACUUCAAAGUAGUACCAAUAAACACCAAUACGCCUGUCGAGAUCGAUUCAGACAUCGGCGUAUUUCAAGUCUAUGUUAAUACCAAGAAGUUUGAUGGCUCUAAGCCUCAUUUAGACAACAGUUUAUACGAAUUGGGUGACAAUGUUUAUCUCAAUGGCGAACCGGUAGAUGCCGACGUUACCGACGCUGACGAGCUCACCAAACUAGUCAAUUCCAAUAUGCGUAUCAAUAUCAAGUUCACACCCAAAGUGCCCAUAAAGGGCUCCGAAUUGAUCUUUGGGAACGAUUUCACAGUUCCCAUUAGGAACCAUGUGCCAACGACACUUCUAUCUACGGGACUCAAGUUCUUCCAGUGGUUCGUCAACAAGACCGUGAGAGGCGAUAUCUACGACGACGAACCUUAUCUCUACGGGCUUGCCUUGAAUAGUUUUACAUACUUGGCUGUCGAUACCGAUGGAGAACCGACACAGAGACUCUCCGGACCUGCGUCAUACUUGGCCCACAAGCCCUUGAUGGAGUUCAUCAACUACAUUGAGAAUCUCAACGACAAUCCUGACAACACGCUAAAAAUUCCUACGACUUCCAACGCCCGUCGCAAGUUCUUCCUUGACGUUGACAACUGUGAUGCGUUUGUAUUCAACGAAGGUACAACCUACAACUUACAGUUCGACACCCGAUUCCUCAAAAUGGAAGACUCGCAAUACGCCGUAAGCAUCCCUACGUUUGGAAGCAAGACAUUCGACGUCAACGUGAAUAACUACGCCAACGAGCACUUGAAUAACUUCAACUUCACUGUCAAGCAGAACGGCUACGAGGGUGUAAGAUACGGCACCUAUGGCUUGGUGAUAAAUUUCGCCUUGUUGGACGAGGAAGGACAGUAA